AUGCAGGGCGUCCUCGGAGGAGCCAGAAGCCCGGUGUUCCCCGUCCCGGCCCCGUCAGCCCUCAGCGCACAUCCCAGUCCAUUCUUCAUCCUCGUGAGCCUCAUCUUCGUCACGCAGCUCGUUGGGGCUGCUCUCUUCCUGGUGCACUGGAAACAGAUCCAGCCGGAGCUCUUCCUGUCCGAGCUGCGGAGGAACUACCGCGGGGACGAGGGUGCCGAGGUCUUCUCCACCGCCUGGAACACCCUCAUGGUCACGUUCUCGUGUUGUGGCGUUUUAGGACCCGAAGACUUUGGGAAUGGCUCCCGCUUCCAGGAGCUGCACCCGGGGACGCCCUGGCCGCGGGCGUGCUGCGCCCGGGACGGGCUCCUGCAGGCGGGCGAGCUGCUGGGCUGGGAGCAGUGCCAGGAGAGGAGCCCCGGCUACAUCCACGAGCAGGGCUGCUUCUCCACCUUCGGCAGGACCUUGCAGAAUUACAUCUCUGUCCCUGGGAUGUGCAGCUUGGCCGUGCUGGGCAUCGAGAUCUUCGCCAUGUUCUUUGCCUUUUGCCUUUAUUACAACUUCGACUGAGCAGGAUGAAGCGCGGCAGAGACAAGCCGAGGGCU